UUACCACAAUUUCUGUUUUCAAAAUGAUAGUGGAAAAUAUAACCACAAUAAGUGGAUUUCUCCUUGUGGGAUUCUCUGACAACUGUGAGCUGCAGAUCUUGCAUGCUUUGCUCUUCUUGAUGAUUUAUGUAUUUGGCUCAGCAGGGAACUUCAUCAUUAUCACCAUCACAACACUGGACCCACAGCUCCAGUCUCCAAUGUAUUACUUUCUGAAGCACCUUUCCAUUCUGGACCUCUCAUCCCUCUCUGUCACAGUUCCCCAGUAUGUUGACAGUUCCCUGGCACAAAGUGGCUACAUUUCAUAUGGACAGUGCAUGAUGCAGAUUUUUUUCUUCACAGGAUUUGCCUGGGGUGAGGUGGCCAUUCUCACAGUGAUGUCAUAUGAUCGUUAUAUAGCUAUUUGCCUUCCUCUCCACUAUGAGAUCAUCAUGUGUCCCAUAAAGUGUAGGUGGGUUGUGAUAGUUGUAUGGCUAAGCAGCAUUAUUCCAGGAACCCUGUAUUUAGCAUCCAUAUUCUUUAUCAGAUUCUGUAGGGCCAAAAUAAUCCACCAAUUCUUCUGUGAUGUUCCCCAGGUGCUCAAGCUCUCCUGCUCUAACGAUUACCUUGUAACAAUUGGAGUGGCUGAUUUCCUGUCUGCAAUAGGUUUUGGCUGCUUUAUUUGGAUUGUCAUCUCCUAUAUCCACAUAUUUUCCACAGUUCUCAGGAUGCCNUCUGCUGAAAGCAGGUCUAAGGUCUUCUCUACUUGCCUGCCCCACCUGUUUGUUGUCUCAUUGUUUCUUUCUACAGGCUCCUGUGCAUAUCUAAACCCAACCUCAGACUCUCCAACAGCUUUAGAGUUCUUAGUUUCUGUCUUUUAUACAGUACUACCUCCAACACUCAACCCUGUUAUUUAUAGUUUGAGAAAUGAUGCCAUAAAGAGUGCUGUAAGGAAGUUACUGUUGAUUAGAAAAUUUACUGGUUAGAAUCAUUUUGCCCUGUUAUUACUGA